AUGGUAUCCGACUUACAAAGCACGAAUGCCCUCGUCCUGGGACGCUCACCGGACGAAGUUCCGUCUUCGGGUUCAGAUGACUGGGUGGGCGAACGGCGAACGAACGUCUCGUCUCCUCUCGGAAAUAAAGACGGGAAAAACAAUACAAACAGUGUCUGCCCGGGCAGGAGUUUCAGUAUCUCAACGAAAUACUGGAAUACUGGUGCCGACGAACAACGAACAGAGCAGAGAGACCCGGGAACGUCCAUCAGUCAAAGGAAGGCAAGUGAGGCGGCAUCCUCGGUCACUUGUCCGCUGCCGUCCUUCGUGGCCGUCUCCGGCAUCGGCCUGGCCCCACCCGUGUGCUUGAGCCGCCUCAUGGGCAUCUACUUCGUACCCGAGAGACUCGAUGCUACUCGAUGCUACUCGAUGUCAUUUGAUCCCAUGGCUUCGGACAUCCGGCCGAGCCCAAAGAUCACAUCGUCCUCGUCUUCUCCAUACGACACCGGCGGCCGCCCGUCCAUCUCGGUCAAGGCCGUCGUCUGUCUUUGA